AUGCGCGAGUCUGCAGACACAAACGGCACUCCCGUUGAGCGCGCCAAAACUACAUUGGUGAAAUGUGCCAACGCUUUGAUUGCAAAACAAGAGCUCGCUGCUCCUCAAGUUGCUUCUUACCUGCUGGGUUUUGAGGAUCGAUACACUAGUCAUCGUUUCCGAUCCCUGUAUUGGACCUCAUUCACCUCUUACAUUCAAAAGACAGAUUCUACCAUCUCUACCUCGUCUGAUCAGCACCAUGGUCCAAUCGGUGCUCCUCCAGGUUCGGAUGACCCACACAUCAUUGGCCAUGAUAUGCACGAUGAAGAGGUUGUAUUAGAAUCCAACAUUGACACUGGUGCAAUUCAGCACAGCUGCCACCAAUUGAUAGAUUACCGGGCAUGCGAUUGCUCACCAGUCUUUGAUGCAAUGUGUGUAUGGGACUUUGUGGCUUCGGUAGACAAAUGCAGUAUAUGA